UCAAAAUGUCAACCACAGUGGUUGUUCAGCAGCCUGUAGCAGGAUCAGGUAAUCCCCUGAUGGUGACCGGUAUAGAGGGUCACAGAUACUGGACCACUGGACUCUUUGAUUGCUUCUCAGACAUCGGUUCAUGCAUCAUGGGGUACUUCUGUCUGCCAUGUACGGUCUGUAAUUUGGCCUCUAGGACUGGGGAGUGCUGCUGUAUGCCUUACUGUGUCCCCGGUGGAACAGUCCUGAUGAGGAGCAGAAUAAGAACCAUCGGAGGCAUCCAGGGAUCAGCUUGUAAUGACUGUUUGGUGUUGUCAUUCUGCGGCGCAUGUGCGGUGUGUCAGAUGCAAAGGGAGCUCGACAACAUGGGAGUCUUAUAAAAGCUGCGUCAUCUUGGCAUCUAUUAUCUUCUUUUUUAUCAAAUACAAAAGUUA